AUGUCUUCCUCCCCAAGUGAAAAGAAAAGCUCCGACGUCGAGAUGGGUGAGGCCAACUCGGCACUUCCGACUCCGGCCAUGCAUGAAGCUACUCCAGCUUUCGUCGCCGGGUUUCUUUCUUUCAAAGAGAGACUGUCCAGACGCAGUGCCGAGAAGGAAGGGGGUCGGAUUCAGCCUGAGGUGCAAGCUCUCCUUUCUUCGCAUGCGACGUCGACCUUGGCUGGAGGAAACAAGUCCCCUGGUGAUGCCACGCCCUUCGCAGAAUCGGCCAUGGUUCCUGUUCAAGUUCCGGAGGUCUCGGCUCAACCCUCUGACUCUUCGACCACACAAGUCCCAGCUUCUAAGGAGGUCUCGGCUCAACCCUCGGGCUCUUCGACCACACCAGUCCGAGCUCCUAAGGAGGAGAAGGCGACGGAGUUGAUGCCUCCGACUUUGGAUAGGAAGGAGAUCGUCUUAGGGCUUCCCGCGUCCAGUGCUGCUCCUUUGACCAAAAGUCGCAAGAGGACUGGCGCUGCGACUGAGACCGUCAAGAAGAGGAGAUGUACCGCUGGCGCGGAAGGGAAGCCCUCAGGACCUUUGUCGCAACAUCGUGCCAAGUUUGUAUCCCUUAUUGACGGGAUGCUCAGCGACUGCGGAUCAGAGAUAGAGCGUUCGACAAGGGGCCUGGCUGAAUCGCGAGAGGCAUUGAAACAAGCCGAGGCUGUGGUUAAAUCUACUGAAGUUGCUUGUGCUGCUGAGCUCUCUCAGCUGGAGGUUCGGGUCAGCGAUCUCGAGCGGGACCUCGGAAAGUCGGCGAGCGUAUUGUUCAAGCUGAAGAAAGAGAAGAAGAGCAAGGCUUCUGAAGUCCGUCGUCUCCAGCGUGAAAUUCAGAACCGAGAAGAGUCGAGGACUGUUGUUUCGAGGGAUGAUUUUCACGCUCGCCUGACGAGGAUGGCUGUUCGAAGGCUUCCGACGGGGACUUCGACUCGAUCCUCUCUCAGCUGCAGUUCGAGUACACCCUCACGCCGGGUUCGGAAGAGACCGAGGGGCAAGGCCCCGUGGCUGAAGAUGGUGGAGAUGUUGCGAGCGGGAGAGGAAACGACGAAGCAGCCGAGGGAGGCGAUGGCUGUGAGGUUGAGGAUGAAGGUUCGUGCUGUGUACAAGAAGUACUCAAAGAUCGAGAACGGAGGUGUUGCUUUGGUUUCACCAACCAAGUCGCUAUUGGGUUCUGCUGCUGCUGAUUCGAAGAAGCCUUGA